GGAUCUCUCUUCAAUAAAAAUGAGAUUUUUUGUCCAAACACAGAAGACAUGCAUAAGAAAUUGAGUCCCUAAAUUCUCGAAGAAGCUGGCGGGCACUUUCACACAGCUUUCCUCUCAUCCCAUCGCCGUCGGGAGUAGUCGAAGAAGAAGACCAAUCAAUACGGAAACUAAUUUCCUGCUAAAUUUCCUUUCACAGUCACUACUACACAUCAACGGAAGAAGAGCGACACCAAUUUAAGGUUAUCUUUUGGGUAAAUUAAGGUUUCUUUCUUGUCGCAUUUUGGUUAGUGAAGAACAAAAGAAGAGGACCAGAGAGAGGGGAAAAGACUUGGAAGAAUCUGGCGGCUUUGAUCCCAAACAAGGAUUCAUUGAUUGAAUUUAUUAGCACGAUAUCCCGAUUACAUUAACAGUUUCUACGGUUCGAGCUCGAUGGAUCACGUUCGGCUGCUUGUGGUGUUUCUGUUUCUUGGACAUGCUUUUAUAAUGAUCAAUGCUUAUCAAGGCAAAGAUGUUUAUGAAAAUUGCCGAAGCACUGUGAAGAAGUGGGCAGCUGCUUCUGCUGAUUUCGAAGAGAAAGAAAACAAACAUAUUUUGCAUGAUCUACUAUUUUUCCUUCACAUACCUAGAACAGGGGGAAGGACAUACUUCCAUUGUUUCUUGAGAAAUUUGUAUCCUACCUCUGCGAAGUGUCCUCUUUCUUAUGAUAAGUUGCGUUUUGACCCAAGAAAAACAGAUUGCAGGUUGCUUGUUACUCACAAUGACUACAGCAUGAUGUCCAAACUCCCCCAGCAAAGAACUUCAGUAGUCACAAUACUUAGGAAUCCAAUUGAUCGUAUCUUUAGCACUUAUGAGUUUUCUGUAGAGGUAGCUGCUAGAUAUUUGGAUCACCCUAACCUAACAUCUGCUACAAGAAUGGAUGGACGUAUAAGAAAGAGUAAGUCAGUCAAUACAUUGGAUAUUUGGCCAUGGAAGUACUUGGUUCCCUGGAUGAGAGCGGACCUAUUUUCUCGGCGAGAUGCUAGGGAGCAAAGUUUACCACCAUACUCUAGAGGAAGUGAUCCUUACAAUAUGGAAGACAUUGUAAUACCGCUGCAUGAAUAUAUUAAUGAUCCUAUUGCUCGGGACAUCAUCCACAAUGGAGCUACCUUCCAGAUUGCAGGAGUGACAAACAAUUCGUAUCUGGAUGAAUCGCAUAAAGUGCGACAAUGUGUUUUGAGACAUGAAACUCUUGGCAAAUAUGUGCUUGAAGUUGCAAAGAAUAGAUUGAAGAAUAUGUUGUAUGUUGGGAUUACUGAAGACCACAAAGAGUCUGCAACAAUGUUUGCAAAUGUGGUUGGUGCACAAGUGAUAUUUCAGUCAUUGACAUCUAAUCGUUCAGAUCCUGCAAAUUACAAUAAAUCAGAUUCUGUCUCAGAUACUAGCCAUCUUGUUGUUGGACAGAACACCAGUAUCAACCCUGUUAAUAAUAGUGAGGCAACCUAUGAAAAUAUGAGUGUUGAAAAACUUAUUGGAUCUUAUGAGUCAUGUAGUUCUAACUUACGAAAAACUCAAUCAGGACGACGAAGUUCUUCUUUUAAGAGACUCUCUCCCGCAAACUUUACCAAGGAGGCACGACUUGGGGUUCCUGAUUCAAUUAUCCAGGAGAUUAAAUCACUUAACAAGCUAGAUAUGGAGCUUUACGAGUAUGCUCGCAACAUAUUCUCAGACCAACACAAAAAAUUUGAGCAGUUAGUUGUGGCUGAGGAGAGGAAAAAGAGCACGUGGGUUUAUUAUCCUUACGAUGGGAAGAACAUACUGUGGUUAUGUGCGUCUAUUGUCGUGGUGAUGUUUUUAUUUGUAAGCGCGAGAAGAAGAAGAAUGCUGCUGAAACUAAAAAUAUGAUGAGACUGACAUUAUUAGAGCAUGUAAAGGGGAAGUAAGUUCAAUACAGAAACACUAUCAAAUUGAGAGAAUUGCCAUUUUCCAUUUGCCAUUGCCAUCACCUUCAUUAAUUAGUAAAUGACAAUAUUUUCAAAUAAUAGUAACAAUAAUAAUAAUUAGCACUUUAGACCAGUUAAAUUUUUAUUUGGUUGGUGGAUUUCAUUAUUUAGA